AUGUCGACCGAGGGUGGCUUCAAGGUGGCGGUGGUCGGUGGCGCUGGUGGCAUCGGCCAGCCUCUGGCGCUUCUCAUGUCCUUGGACCCCAAGGUCAGCGAGCUGGUCAUUAUCGACCUCAACGUCGCCAUGGUGCCCGCGGCCGGCGUCGCCAAGGACCUCUCGCACCUGGAGGGUAAGUGCAAGGUGGUCUCCUUGACGCUGGAAGUGAACGUGGACAAGGCCAUCGACAAGGCCGGCGACGUCCUGACGGGCUGCGACCUCGUCCUGGUACCCGCCGGCAUGCCCAGGAAGCCGGGCCAGGACCGCAAGGACCUGCUGAAGGUCAACGCCGACAUCGCAAAGGGCACCGUUGAGGCGGUCGCCAAGCAUGCCCCGAAGGCCGUAGUUGCCCUCAUAGUCAAUCCGGUGAACUCCGUUGUGCCCGCCAUGUGCGCGCUCUGGGAGAAGGCUGGCCUCGACCCCUGCAAGAUCGUGGGGGUCACCACUCUGGACGUGGUGCGCGCGAACAAGUUCGUGACCGAGAUCACGGGCAAGCCAGCGGAGAUUCCUGUCAUUGGUGGUCACGCGGGUACGACGAUCUUGCCGCUGUUCUCCCAGGACCCAGCCGGCAGGCUAAUCCCUGCCGAUCAGAUCCCAGAUUUGGACAGGAGAGUUCAGGAUGCUGGCACAGAAGUUGUCAAGGAGAAGAACGGCAAGGGCAGCGCGACGCUGUCCAUGGCCUACGCGGGCGCGCGCCUGGGCAAGGCGGUGCUGAUGGGCCUCGCGGGCAAGCCGACGACGGAGUGCGCGUACGUGAAGUCGUCGGUGCACGGUGACCUCUCGUUCUUCGCCUCUACGGUGACGUUCGGGAGGAACGGCGUCGAGAAGAUCCACCCCGUCCCAGGAUCGCUGUCCGAGCACGAGAGGAGACGCCUCGAGGAGAUGACGCCGGUCCUCAAGGAGGAGAUCGAUGCCGGUCUGGAGUACGCCAAGGGCGUGCAGUUCUCGAAGCUCUAG